UUUGGCUGCUAGAAUCCGUUUGGUCCACGAGGAGGGCAAGAAAGUAUCUGAAAUAAUAAGCUGAUUCCAUCAGAUGCAGAUUUCAUAUUUGAAAAUCGGAGAUGUGUUGGCAUCAUUUGGCUUUCCUGCUGCAAAUAUUAUUCUUUGUGCCGGGACAGACACGCUUGAAGGACAUUUACAUCCUAGGUUUAUUUCCCAUGGACGGUGAUUACCAAGGGGGAAAGGGUAUUAAACCAGCAGUUGACAUAGCACUGACUUACGUUAACAGCGAUUCAAAUAUGCUUCCAGGAUAUAGACUCAAUAUGAAAUGGAAUAACACAAAGUGCCUUGCAGGAUAUGGUGUCAAGAUUCUCUCAUACAGGAUGUGCAGAAACAUGAAGUUCAUCAUGAUUCUAGGGGACGGGUGUUCAUCAGUUUCUGAGGUCGUGGCGAGUACAUCACGUGUAUGGAACUUGGUACAGGUUUCUUACAGUUCGACAUCAUUAGCUCUGUCGGAUGAUGAAAAGUUUCCUUUCUUUUUUCGAGUCAUCUGUUCAGAAAAACAGCUGAAUUAUGCUCGUGUUGCUCUUGUGAAGUAUUUUAAAUGGACCAAGGUUGUGGCAGUAUACAACACUAGUCCACUUUUUACAGAGAUGAUCGAUGAUAUUGAAGAAAUGUUGAAAAGGGAAAACAUAACAAUUGUUGCAAGGUAUCAUCUCUCUGCAAACAUCAAACACCAAGUCCUCAAUCUAAAGAAAGCCGAUGCAAGAAUUAUAAUCGCUGCUUUUUUUGGAGAAAUGGCUAGAGAAGUGUUAUGUGAGGCAUUUAAAAUCGGAUUCAGUGGACCAAGAAUUGUUUGGGUGAUGCCAUCUUUCCUGAACGCAAAUUGGUGGAACAUAAAUGAUACUGACUGUACUGGUAAUGAAAUACUGUCAACCAUUGGUGACUACUUAUCUGUUGACCCGUACAUUAAUUCAAACAUAACCUAUCGGGAUGACAACGGCAUCACAUUAAAACAAUUCAUGGACGACUACAAUGUGAAAACCAACAAUACACUUCAUCCAGGUUCACCAUUUGCAUCGGCUGGUUAUGAUUCAGUAUGGGUUAUUGCCCGUGCACUCAAUGCUACCAUCGCUGAUCUUAAAAAUUCAGGAUAUGGACUUGAAUCUUUUUCCUACACUAAUAACAAUAUGGGCAGCUUAUUGAUGAAGAAUAUGAAGAAAGUUGAGUUCAAUUCACUAUCGGGUCAUGUAUCAUUUUAUGAAAAUGGAGAUAGCACAAAAUCCAUGACACUUGACCAACUCCAAGAUGGAAAAUUAGUGACAUUCGGUUGUUACAAUGCACUUGCAGAUAAGGGUAAGAAGUUGACAUGGAAUAAGUCUGUGCUUGUGAGAUGGGUGAAUGGAAUGGUGCCAAACGAUUCUACGCAAAACCGUCUUAUCACGAUUUCAGUGGUUUUGCCUCUGUAUAUCAGCAUGUGUGUGUUUGCUGCAAUUGGAAUGCUCUUGUCAGUUGUUUUUCUAGCCUUAAAUAUCAAAUUUAAAAAUUUAAGAAUCAUUAAAAUGUCGUCACCUGGCAUCAACAAUCUUAUUUUGUUUGGCUGCAUUAUGAUGUACACGUAUGUGUUUGUACAUGGAAUUGAUAUCAGUCAGUUUCCUAUAGCAUGUCAGGCCAAAGGCUACUUGAUGGUCAUAGGAUUCUCGUUGGUGUUUGGUUCAUUGAUUGCAAAGUCAUGGUGUAUAUAUGUCAUCUUCACCGCUAGUAAGAAGUUGCGAAGAUGGACAGCUAAGGAUAUGCACCUAUUUAUGAAAAUUGGUGCAUACACGGCUCUUAAUACGGGCAUCAUGGUGUUGUGGACAGUGGUUGAUCCUAGCUACCCUUUGCGAAAGCAACUUGAUCACCAGAAAGUCCACAUUGAAAUCAAUGAUGUAGUGGAAAUUCCAGUAAUAUGGAGCUGCACGUCUGAGUAUUUCACGUACUUCACCAUAAUUCUCCUCGGCAUUCAACUGAUCCUCCUCUUGUUCGGUGUCUUCUUGUCUUUCACCACCAGAAAGGUGAACAUUUCAGCAGUGUACGAUUCCAGAGCAAUCGGAAUGUGUAUCUACAAUGUGAUUGUACUGACUGCUGUAGAGUUACUGUUCUCUAACAUUCUAGAAGAGGACAUUAAUGUCACGUAUGGCCUCAUUUGUAUCCUCAUCAUUGGUGGAACUACAGUUACCCAGUGUCUUAUAUUUAUUCCAAAAAUGUUUCGAUUAAAGGACUAUUGGUGAAGAUGUGGGCCAAAGCCGUUCUUUUGCGAGUUGAAUUGAAGUCCAGUUCCACCAGCAAAAGCAACGUUGAGCAACAUGUUUUAGCUCCCACAAGCUAUUACAUACAACCGAUGUAUGACUUGUAACAUUGUCGUUUUCAAUAGUCAACAGAUUCAAGAAUUGCAAUUAGGAACAGUUCUAUGGACAGAAAAUAAAACAACAUAAACUACCACAAAGUGGCCAACAUAAACUAAGUGAUACUUAAAACUGCGGAUAUGGCGGUUAAACACCUGCUUUGAAGUUGGAAUUUACAAUUGUGUUGAUUAGGUUGUUGUCAUGUAGUUAAAGUACAUAGUAAAACACAAUAAGGGGUCAACUUCAAAAUGGUCAUUGAAGAUCGGUUGGCCGCUUUACACAGGUUUGAAUACGCGCGCGCACACACACACACACGGAGGUGGGGAGGGGGGGAUGAGGGAGAGAGCAUGUCAUUAAUAAUUAUACCUUCAUAACUUGUCAUGCCUGUCCUGCAGAUAGUUUGGCACUCUAGUUUUUUUGCACAUGGCUGAGCAUACAAUAUGAGACUGAAACCUGAACAAAGUUUUAACAUUGUCAAAUAGUCAAAUGACUCCCAAUAAAAUAGAUGUAUGUAUGUAAGCCCAAAUGUGACCAUCAUGUCGGAAUUUAAUCAAAUGUAUUCAUUAAUUUCAAAUAACAUAGGGUACGUAAUUUUACCUUGACACAGUUCCUUGCCUUCAAAACCAAACGAGCAUGCAUAUGACGAAUUUGAAACAGUUUCUUUACCAGGGUAGUAAACCUUGUACUUUGGUACCCAUAAUUGUUCUUUGUGCUUUUUGCAUCUUUAGAAGGUACUGAUGGAGGAUCUGAAGUAGUCCAGAGGAUAUGUAAAUGAAUCAUGCACUUUUUGAUACAAGCAUACAACUUGGCAUAACACAUACUACACAUUAUAGAUAUUCAUUUUAAGAUUAGAUGCAUUCUCAAUAUGACAUGAGGUAGCAGUAUACAGUUAGCUCAAAGAGUUUGUGUGUUGAUUUUGAACAGAUCCAUGUCUAAAGGCUAAUUAUUUGGAAUAGGAAGUAAAUUCUUAAACUUGGUGAUAGACGAGGAGAAACUUUUAAAAAUGACAAUUGGUUUGUCACCAGCAGUGUAAAUGGUUUAUCUGUAAUAAGGCUUGGUAUUCAAACACCGGGUUAAAAUUGAAUAGCUAAACCUUUAUUCAAAUGAGGGGUUUUGUAAGAUUUGAUGAGCACAGUUUUCAUAAAUAUAUACUCGUAUAUGUGAUACCUGCCAACUCCCGCUUGGAUGUGGUUUGUAUGGGUGUGCACAUUGUCAAAAUGCACACAAAAUCAUGCAGUUGGACAGAUUAUGAUGAAAGUAACACAAACAUUUAAGUAAAAAUAUGUAAAAUUGUCCUCUUUAUAAUUAUAACCCUUUUUGUAAUUUGUGAGACUAAAAAUACCUGUUUCUUUCUUUGUUUUGAAACCAUAGGUAGACAUUUAGAAUGCCAUGGGCUGGUAUGUAUAAAUCUCGGCGUCUUCUACCUGGUUUUCAAAAUGGCCGCCAUGGCAAAUUUAGAAGUCAUUUCAGGGUGAUAACUAAACAUUGAUAUAAAUUCUUAACGAGGCCUUUAUCAAAGUUGUUCAUGGUGGCAUGCCAACCAAAUGUAUCAUUAAUUAGUUUUUGUUUUGAAAUGGGAAGAUUAUACCUUAAACUACAAAAAGCAAUAGAAUAAAAUAAUGCAGUUACUAGUAAAAAAAUAUUAAUUUUAUAGAUGUUGACCAACAGCUCAUUUCAGUUUUUGGGUAUAUAUCUUCCACCAAUUUUUCUACCAAUAAAUCUUUGAAGGCGAAGAAUUGGCUGUUGGUUUAGUGAAUACUUGAAGCAGAUUUUUUAAUCUUUAUUUUUAUCAUGGAUUCUUGUGGAAGUCACAGUUUCCACUGAGUGCGAGCACAUUACUCGUAUAAUAUUACCGACUUCAACGUUAUUAUGCUGAUUAUCUGUAGGAUCGAUUAAUCUGUACUAAUGUUAAAAACAAUAAAUGUAAUUCAAAAUUAGUUUAUUAUAACAUUUACAAAUACGAUUAAUCAUUCCUUUAAUGAUUCCUAUAUUACGUUUUAUUUAGGAAAUCGUGUGUUAAUGUGGGUAUCAGGCCAGUUUCCCGUUAUUGAUCACACCCACCAAACUGUGCAGCUUGUUAAUGUCGUCCAUUUCACCUUCCAUUCAAUAGUCCUUCUUUCGAACCAUGCCAAGCCUGCUUGGUGCCUCACACUAAGAACAUGACUUUAUACGAGUGCAUCCUGUGUUGGUGAAUUAUUUUCUAUUCCUCUGUAUUUUCAUGUGAACAGGACUUUUCUAGCUGUUUACACUACCCUCUGCUAUUCCAUGGUCAUUCAUACAUUUUUGUACAAAUAUAUAAAUGUGUACAUUUUUUAGACUAUAGGUUGCUUAACAGUUUGUAAUUGCACACAGGACACCACUAAUCAGAGGAAGAAAUGCCGACCAUGCACAGCAUUUGGCAUUGACCAUGGUCAGUGCAAUAGCAGUUGCAUCCAGGUACAAAUGUGUAUAUGUUUUGAGACUAUCUUGCCUUUGUACGUAUCAAUGAUAAUGUCAAACAUAAUUUGUGAACUGUAUUUUCAUGAAGAAUAUCAACCUAUAUGAAUUCAACUAUUCAACUAUUGUCUUC